UCGUCAAACUCCUUUCUUCACUUUAUUUAGCUGUUCUUGCAUGUAGCUCCCAAGCUUUCCACUGCUCCAGUUAGUGAAGCAUUUAUUUUUGAGUCAGCUGCAUUUCUUAAGACUGCAACAACGAAAGGCAUUUCCUGAGAAACUGCAAGGAUGAGCAGCAAGAAAGAACAACAGCUAACAAAAUAUGGGACCCUUGUAGUGUUUUUUAUCUUGCAAGUUCAGAUUUUUGGUUUUGAUGUUGAUAAUCGACCUACAACAGAUGUCUGCUCAACACACACAAUUUUACCUGGACCAAAAGGGGAUGAAGGUGAAAAAGGAGACAGAGGAGAAGUAGGCAAACAAGGAAAGCUUGGACCAAAAGGACCAAAAGGAAACAAAGGGCCAUUGGGCGAUGUUGGUGACCAGGGAAUGCUUGGUAAAAUUGGUCCAAUUGGUGGAAAGGGUGACAAAGGAGCCAAAGGCUUACCAGGGGUUUCAGGGAAAAAAGGAAAAGCAGGCACGGUCUGUGACUGUGGAAGGUACCGCAGAUUUGUUGGACAACUGAAUAUCAACGUUGCUCGUCUUAACACAUCCAUCAAGUUUGUGAAGAAUGUUAUAGCAGGUAUCAGGGAGACAGAUGAGAAAUUCUAUUACAUUGUGAAAGAAGAGAAGAAUUACAGAGAAGCCUUAAUCCACUGCAGGGACAGAGGAGGAUCACUGGCCAUGCCUAAAGAUGAGGCAACCAAUGCCUUGAUUGCUGACUACAUCUCCAGCAGCGGCCUGUUCCGAGCCUUCAUUGGGCUGAAUGACAUGGAAAGAGAAGGACAGUUUGUGUAUGCAGACAACAGCCCACUGCAGAACUACAGCAACUGGAAGCAAGGGGAGCCACAUGACCCAGCUGGUCACGAGGACUGUGUGGAAAUGCUCAGCACAGGAGAGUGGAAUGACUCUGAGUGCCAAGUCACCAUCUACUUUGUCUGUGAAUUCCUCAAGAAGAAGAAAUAAAAGUGCCAGAGAAUGUGCUUGGCACCUGCUGUAUAUACUAUAACCCAUCCUCAUUCAUUUAUGGCAGGGAGAGCAAAUCAGGGAUAGGAGACCAGGGUCAGGGCUCAAUCCAGCUUCACAUCACUUGGCUAAGCAGGAGUAACUCCUGUUUAGUCAUCACUGACUGUAAAGUCAGCACAGGUCUGCAGGGGGCAUCCAGCCAGUUGUGAAUCUAUAUUUCAUUUCUACAUGCAUUUUAUGGUUGGCAUUUCUAUGUGUAAUUUUGGGGGAAAAUUUAGAGGAUGCAGAAGUGAAUAUAAUUUCACCAGUUCCAGAAAUAGUAAGAUCAUUGGUAUAUGAAGUACUGAUGUGGUUUGUAAAGUGCACAGAUGGAAAGAGCAUGACCUUCAUUAAUCUCUGACUUGCACAGGGAGUCCCAGUAAUUUCCCUUAUGACUUCAGAGCUCAGAGUAAAAGUUUUAAAUAUCCCUUGAAAAAAAUCCUUCUUUUGUUAGAAUCAUAAUUUGAGGUGGAAGGUAUCUCUGGAGGUAAUUUGGUUAAAUCUUGCAUGCAAAGUAGGACCAACUUCAAACUUAGAAGUUGCUAUACUCUCCUUAAUUUCUCUGUACAAUUAUAUUGCCUGAUAGGCACUUAUCUGGUCUUCUGUAAAGCUUUUGACAUGGUCCCCUACAAUAACAUUCUUUUUAAUUUGGAGAGAUGGAUCCAAUGGGUGGACUGUUAGGUGGAUAAACAAUUGGUUAGACGGUAGCAUCCAGAGGGAUGGGUGAUCCAGAGGGUCAGUGGUUCAGAGUCCCAGUGGACAUUAGUGACAAGGGAUGUUCCUCAGGGAUCUGUAGUGGGACCAGCACUAUUUAAUAUCUUCAUUAAUGAUAUAGAGAAAGGCACAAAGCAUGCCCUCAGCACAUUUGCAGAUAGCACCAAGCUGGGUGGUGCAGUUGAUACACCUGAAGGAUGGGAUGCCAUUCAGAGGGAUAUGGAUGCCAUGAGGGAAGUGGCCCAUGGGAACAUUAUGAGGUUUAACAAGACCAAAUGCAAUGUGCUGCACUUGAGUUAGGGCAACCCCUGGAAUCAGUCCAGGUGAGGGAUGAACAGAUCGAGAGCAGCCUUGCCCAGCAGGACUUGGGGAUGCUGGUAGAUAGGAGGCUGGACAUGACCCAGCAAUGUGCACUCACAGGCCAGAAAGCCAAACCAGUCCUGGGCUGCAUCCAAAGCCCUGUGAUUCUUCCCCUCUACUCUGCUUUGGUGAGACCCCACCUGCAGUGAGUGCUCUGUCAGCUCUGGGGUCACAGAAAGGCUAUGGACCUGUUGGAGCAAGUCCAGAGGAGGCCACCAAAAUGAUUGGCAGGAUGAAGCACCUCUCCUGUGAGGAAAUGCUGAGAUUUGGUUUUGUUCAGCCUGGGAAAAAAAAAAAAAAGGCUUUGGGGUGACCUAAUAGCAACCUCCCAGUACCUGAAAGGAGCCUACAAGAAAGAUGGAGAGAGACUUCUUACAAGGACAUGUCGUGACAGGACAAGGGGGAAUGAGUUUAACUAAAGGAGAGUAGAUUUAGGUUUACAUAUGAGAAAGAAAUCCCAUACUGUGAGGAUGGUGAGCCCAGAGAAAUUGUGAAUGUCCCAUCCCUGGAAGUGUUCAAGGCCAGGUGGGAUGGAGCACUGAGCUACAUGAUCUAGUGGAAAGAGGCCCUGCUCACAGUAUGGGGGUUUGAACUAGGUGAUAUUUAAGGCUCCUUCCGGCCCAAACCAUUCUAUGAUUCUCUACGCAGAAGAAAUCUCACUUACCUCUCUUUCCAAGCCAUCAGGCUGACCUGAAAUGUGAGGAGUUAAUUGUACAUAAGCACACAAGUCUGCACAGCUUGUAGGCAACCUAAAAACAGAUGCAGUAGUUCUAGUGUCUGAAGUCCCCAAAAAUCUGUGAUAGGCAUACAGAAGUCUAGCACAAAGAGAACAGUGUAAAGGAAGCAACACCAUUCCUGUAGGCUGUAAACAGGUACAUGUAAUACAAUCUGUACCAUGUGCAUUGCUGGUUUAACAAGUGAUUCUAGGAAUAUAUUAAAUCCUUAAUUCAGAAGCCAGUGACGUUUGAUGUUUAAUGUUAAAAUGACCCAUGCAUUUGUAACACAGGAAGAAGCUAUAGAACAGGUUUUAUCCCCCAAGAACCCAGAUUCCAGGUGUGGUUGAACAACUUAGUCAUGCAGUUCAGAGGGACUUACUAAAAAUUAUGAGCACUGAACAUGAAGGCUCUGCUGUCACUGCCUAGAUACUUAGAUCUCCAUGUCAGAAUGCCCACAAAGAAUCACAUUUUCAUAUAUUUGAGAAUACUGACAGAGCUUUUUCUUUUCUUCAGACACAGCAAGUGCUUAGUCAUGUUUUGCCUUUUCUCACAGCAGGAGAUGAAGAGAAACCUAAGGGUCAUUACAAUGCAAGUCUGUAAGUUUUCCUUUCCACCCAACAUUAAAAAUUAAGGAAAGAUCUCUGGAAGCUAAGGAGAAUCCUAGAUGCUCAGCACCACACAGCAAUAUUCCCUGCAGGUCACUGAGCACCAGGUGCACACAGUCCUCCUCUGGGUAUACAGAGAGCUGGACAUGCCAUCAGCUACCAUCAUGUAGAGGGUCAGCUCAGAGUCUCCCUUCUGCAAAGGCAACCAAACAAUCAUAUGUCCUCAACCUCACCUUGAACAGGAAAAUUCUCUGAACCAUUUGCCUGAUUGUUUGACUCCAAGAUCAGGUCUGAGCAUUGACCAACACAGGAGCAUCUCAGGUAACUCUGUGACUCAGAACCACUCUUGUAAUCUGGUUUCUCUGACACUUGCUCCUCCAGGAAACCUCCUGUUGCUACCAGCAGUAAAUUAUCUGUGUUGCUACACACCCUCCAGGAAACUAUUCAGACCUGUGAAUAAAGGGGUGGGACCACAUUUCUUUUCAUUGCUCCCCUUCUAUGCUAUGAGAGUAUUGGGGCAAACAAGUUCACUUUGCAUGAUGUAACUCAGCCUGGAUUAUUCCCUCUCUGGGAAUUAAUAUUCCUCAAAACUAGGCAGAAUUACACAUUUUAGGAUCUAUUAUAAUAAACUCAUUAAGCUGAACACUUUGGUUUUAGAAGCAUUAAUGGGUAAUUUUAAAGAAUUAAUGAUUAAUUCAAGAAAAAGCUUCUUGAGAAAAAAAAUAAUGCUUUUAGAAGUUCAAGUCCAAAGUUGCUGGCCUUAAUCACAGCAAGUCAGUUCCUAGCAAUCAUGCAGAAGUGGCAUAGUAAUAUCCCUGUGUGUAGGCACAAUCACUUCUGCACACUUCAUCUUUACUUCUGACCCAAGAAACCAACAAAACAUGCUUACGAGACUGGAGGUCCAUGUUCUGAAACCCUCUGGCCAUACUGAGACCACUGGCUGACAAAAUUUAGAGGUGUCCUUAAUGCUACAUCCAUCACAGAUGGACCAUUUUCCUGUUCUUUAGGAGAAAACGCAGAGCUGGGAGAAGGUGAAAGUGGAGCAAUACUUUGCUGCAGGAUCAAGCUCUGUCUUAGAUUAGACCAGCUGCUCUCCAAGACAUUCAAAAUCAGCAAGUACACUUAUAAAUUGAAACUUCAGGGUUUUUAUAGGUGACUAUGAGUUAUGAGUAAUCUUGGACUAUGCUCCAUGUACAGGAAGGAAUGACAGAGGCUGUCCUCUGGCUCCAUGGCUGGAUGAUGGAGUGAGUGAGGAACUUAUGCUGGAUUUCUACAAUGGAAAGGCUGGGACUGCCCAGUUCUUCCAUCCUCAUACUCUACUACCACACCAGUUUCAUCCUUUCUUAAAUAGAAAAAAAAUAAACAAAACCAACCCUUUUACCCACUGUGUAUUAUUGGAACACUGGGGAGAGCUAUGCCAGCUGAAACCAGCAGACUUGGGAUGGCAGUUCCUUUGCUAACUAGAGAAGAGGGACAGCACAGGAGAUGUCCAAUGUUCCAGCCAGCCAGGCAUAAGUGUGAGCAGGUGCUUGUGCAGCCCAUUCCUGCAGGACUAGUCCCAGUUAAUAAAUUCUGCCAAGAAGCUGAACUCCUAGGCCAGUCCAAAUAAAAAAGCCCAUUGCACAUAGGAGACCUGGCAGACAGGUGCCUAUCCCAUGCCUUGUGGGCACAGGCUUGAGCCUUAACUAACUGAAAUAUUAUUGCCAUAUUUUACAGAAGAAAUAUGCUUGCUAUAAUUAAGAAAUUGGGCUACAUCAAAGUUUCCACUGCUAGCCAAUGGAAAUUCACUGUGGUGGGUAAAGUGUCUUUCAUACAUUAGGUGGAUGGAGCCAAGAACAUAGGAAAUGGUGCCUGACUAUUCACAAUUUAUGGUCCGUUAAUGUAUGACAUCUAAACCAUUUUACCCAAUCCCAGCAUAACUUUUUCACGUAUUUUUCUUUCCAUUAUUCCCAGGCUGAAUGCUCUUGUUUCAAUUUAUGCUUGCUGUUUCUUGUCCUCCCACUAUUUAACAUACCACUGGCUUUGUCUUCUUGAAGAUACCCUCAUAGGUGCCAGCAGGCUGCUAUCAGGUUCACCUGAAGCCACCUCUUCUCCAGGCUGCAUAAAUCCAGUUCCUUUAUCUCCUCCUCACAUGGGUCUGACUCCAGCCAUUCUGGGGAGUCUCAGCUAAACUUGGCUCCAAUUUCUCAUUGGAGGGGCUCAAAAGGACACAGUGCCUCAAUGUGGUCUGACAGGGGCCAAGCAGGAGCAUAAUCCCUUCCCACAAGCUCCUGGCUGUUCUCUCUCCAGCACAGGCCAUGUGCUGUCUGCCAGGACUCUCCAGAGCCCUUGCAGUAAAGCCAGUCACCCCCCAGCAUGUAUUGAUGGAAGGGCUCAGCAUUCCCAGGUGACAUGAACUUUGCAUUUGUCCUUGCUGAGUUUCAUAAGGUUCCUCUUGGCCCAUUCCUCCAAUUCCUCCAGCCUGCCUAGGUUCUUCUGUAUGGUAACACUGCCCACAGCAUAUUCACUGUUCCUUCCAAUUUGGUAUCAUCUGCAAAUCUGAGGAAAGUGGAUUUUAUGACCUCCUUGAAGCACCUGGUAAAUAUGUUAAACAGGACUGUUCCAGUCUCUAGAUCCCUAUGGCACUCUACUAGGUAAACAGGAAAAAGUUGUCUGGGAAGAGAACAACUCAUUUAACCGCUCUCCUCUGAGCCAAAUCAAUGAGUUUUUAUCCACCGUAACAUCCAUCUCAACUGGGGUACAAGAAUGUUGUUGGAGGCAAUGUCAAAAGCCUUGCUAAAAUUGAGGUAAAUGAUAGCCACUUCUCUCCCCUCAUCUGCAAAUCCAGUCAUAGAAUCAUAAAUACAAUCAGGCAGUCAGACAUGAUUUACAUGAGGUAGAUCCAUGCUGAUUGUUUCUGAUCACCUUCUCCUUCAUAUGCCCAGAAAUGCAUUCCAAGAAGAUCCAGUCCUUUAAGUUCCACAGGGACCAAAGCAAUGCUGAUAAGUUUAUAGCUCCCCAGAUUGUCUUUGGCCUUCCUAAGGAAAUGGUGCAACAUUUACCUAUUACCAGUUAUUAAGGAAACUUCCAUGAUUUCCAUAACCCUUCUGAUGUGAUAGAGUUGUCAUGCAGAGACAUCUAAUUUUGGUUUUUUUGGCACCUUGGAUGUGACCUGUCUGCUCCCAUGGUGUUUUCUGGUCAAACUCUCUCAAGUAAGCCCCAGCUAAACACUCAUCCACUUAUGGUAGCUCUCUUUGGACCCUAUCCCUAAGCACAGAUGAUGCAUGGGAUAGUUUGAUGGUAGAGACAGCAAAUAAACCUCCAUGGAGUGGAGGUUUAAAAAAAUGGAGUGCCUCCAUUUUAUCAGUGUCUGCUGCUACUUCUACAAACUCAGUUAAUAUUUCUAAAUUAUUCCUAAUUAUUCCAUUGUAGCCUGUCCCUGCUUCCAUCUCCUCUAUACUUUCUUUUCAUAUUGGAGCUCCACCAAGCUCCCUGUUCAGCCACACCAACCCCCUAGCAAAGCUACCUGUAGAUGUGCAGUGAAAACAAGAUCGCUGCCUAAGAUAGCAAGAAUAUUUCAGCAUGCUUCCUGCUCUUGGACAACCAGGAAUUUAUGAUCUUCCAUAUUCUGAGGAAUGUCACUCAGCACAAGCAUUAUCAUUCUGUUCUCCUGAGGCUCAUAACAUAUAUAAAGGACAGAUAUCUAUGGUAAAGACAAUGUUUUAGAAACUAGCUCUAAUAAAAAUGAUCAGAGAUUCAA